AUGGGCAGCACCGUCUUGGACGCAAACCCGUCAACCUUAAGAGAACAUCCACCUUCCUCAUAUUCCAUCAAGUUUGAGAAUAUCGCAGAACUCGACGAUGGCAAAUACGAAUCUAGUCUUUUCGCAGCUGGCGGGUACAACUGGAGAUUGGUCAUUUAUCCAAAAGGAAACGCAAAAGACGAAGGGAGUGGAUUUAUUUCAAUGUAUGUGGAGAUUGAUAGCACAAACCUCUUGUCAUCACCACUAACUGGCGUGUUUGCGUAUCUCGUAUUCUUUGUCUACAACAAGAAAACAGACAAAUACUUUACUAUUAAAGAUUCAGAACUGAAGCGGUUCAAUGCAUUUAGAACGGUGUGGGGAUUGUCUCAAGGAGAUCAAUGUGAAUUUGGUGUUGAUGUUCUGGUUGCUCCAUCCCUUACUAAAUGGGAAGUCGUGUCCUUUAAUCAGAAAAUCCUUGAUCCCAAGUUCUCGUGGUCUCUCAAGAAAUUUAAAGAGUUAAAAGAGGAGUUAUACAACUCAGACAAGUUUUUAGUAGGAGGAAGGCAAUGGUUUCUAAAGGUGCAUCCUAAGGGUGUUAAAGCACGAGACAACUCGUUAUCCAUUUAUGUGUAUUUAAGUGAAAGUGAAACACUCAAUGCAGAGGAGAAAAUCUACACGCGAGUACAUCUUAGAGUUUUAGAUCCGUUUGGAUCCAUUCACCAAGCCGGGCAAUGCAACUUCUGGCGCACAAAUACAAAUAAAAACCAAGGCUAUGGUUGGCCUACUUUUGCGUCUUUAGAUAAAGUGCGAGAGAAGUACUUGGACAAUGAGGGUUCUUUGAACAUAGAGAUUGAAUUUGCAGUUGUUUCUAGCACCAAAUACUCUCCUGUUAACUAA